CAUAAACUGCACAACCGCUGCUCACUUCACUUGGGCAGUUCAAUGUUGAGUCUUUUAGUUUUGUUUCGACUUAGCUUCUGUCUGCACCACCUGUGUCCAUGGCCAAGUCAAUGAGUCUGCUGUGGGGGGCUGGAUCCCCUCCCUGCUGGCGAGUUAUGAUCACUCUGGAGGAAAAGAAGCUGCAGGGCUACAAACACAAGCUGCUGUCUUUUGAGAAAGGAGAGCACAAAUCUCAGGAAGUCUUGGAAAUCAACCCGAGAGGACAGCUUCCUGCCUUUAAACACGGAGACAACAUACUGAAUGAGUCCAGUGCAGUGUGCUUAUACCUGGAGAAUCAGUUCAAGUCCCAGGGAAACAAACUGAUCCCUGACAGCCCUACAGAACAAGCACUGAUGUACCAACGCAUGAUGGAGGGUCUCACCCUCACUGAUAAACUCAAUUCAGUUAUCUACUCUGACUGGCUGGUCCCUGAGGAGGAGAGACAUGAGUCUGCUGUGAAGAGAAACAGGGAAGCUCUGGCUGCUGAACUCAGCCUCUGGGAGGGUUACCUGCAGAAGGUGGCUGCAGGCUCAUACCUGGCAGGGGCCUUCUCCUUGGCUGAUGUGAUUGUCUUCCCAAACGUUGCCUAUGCUUUCCGUUUCGGGCUGUCCGUUGGACGUUACCCCAAGCUGGCCAAAUAUUACAGCCUGUUGAAGGACAGACCCAGCAUUAAAGCCAGCAGGCCUCCACACUGGAUGGCCAGCCCACAGGGUUGUGACAUCCUGAAGGAUCUCUGAAACCCACUGACAUUACCUUCACCGUGUUAUUGUUUA